UCAGAUUUCUUGAAUUUUGCCAUUUAUUUGUGUGUAGUGUUAGUUGGAAAAUAAGUCUCCUUCUGUUUUUUUUUUCUCAAUAGUAUUCUGCUUUUGAAGUUCUUUCAGUAGUUUUGAAGUUAUAUUCUGCAAUAAAUAUCCAAGGACUCCAAUCUUAGAGGAACAACUGUUUCAGGAAAACAAAGGUUUCACUGAAAUCAAACCAAUGUUGAGCUAUUGGUAGCACUUGCUAAAGAAGAGCAGAAAGAGAUGGAGAAGACACAGAUGCCUGUUGCCCGAGAAGAGAAGAUACUGGUUCUGGUGAGAUUGAGGCCUCUUAACGAGAAGGAGAUUGCAGCUAAUGAAGCUGCGGAUUGGGAAUGCAUCAAUGAUACCACCAUAUUGUACAGAAACACGUUGCGCGAAGGCUCAAACUUUCCUUCUGCAUAUUCAUUUGAUAGAGUCUACCGAGGUGAAUGUCCCACCAGACAAAUUUACGAAGAUGGAACCAAGGAAAUCGCUCUGUCGGUUGUCAAAGGAAUCAAUUGUAGUAUUUUUGCAUAUGGCCAGACGAGUAGCGGCAAGACAUACACCAUGUCUGGUAUUACUGAGUUUGCUUUGAGGUAG